UUUACAAUGGCUGAGAUCGAGCACUUUGUAGAUCCGAAUGAGAAGGUUCAUUCCAAGUUCUCCAGUGUUGCUGAUCUGGAGAUCAUGCUUUACUCGUCCAAAGCACAGACUAGUGGGCAGUCUGCCCAGAUAAUGAAGCUGGGUGAUGCAGUGGAGCAGGGCAUCAUCAACAACUCCGUCUUGGGCUACUUCGUUGGAAGGAUCUACCUUUAUCUGAUCAAAGUGGGCGUGGCGAAAGACAAGCUUCGUUUCCGUCAGCACAUGGACAAUGAGAUGGCCCACUAUGCCUGUGACUGCUGGGACGCUGAGACCAAAACCUCUUAUUUCACCAUUGAGACAGAGGGCAAGACUUUCAAGCUCACCAAAGACAUGGUUAACGUCAAGAGGUUCCAGAAGACCCUGCACGUUGAGGAGGUUGUUCCUAAUGUGAUCGAACCCUCUUUCGGCAUCGGGAGAAUCAUGUAUUCCAUCUUUGAGCACACAUUCCGUAUCAGGGAGGGGGAUGAGCAAAGAACGUAUUUCAGCUUCCCUGCCACUGUUGCACCAUACAAAUGCUCCGUCCUUCCAUUGAGCCAAAAUCAGGAAUUUAUGCCAUUUGUUCGAGAAUUAUCUGAAGCCUUGACCAGGAAUGGUGUCUCCCACAAGGUGGAUGAUUCCUCAGGAUCUAUUGGUAGACGCUAUGCCAGAACGGAUGAGAUUGGUGUGGCAUUUGGUAUCACCAUCGAUUUUGACACGGUUAAUAAGACGCCCCACACGGCCACUCUGAGAGACCGUGACUCCAUGAGGCAGAUCAGGGCUGAGGUUAGUGAAUUGCCCGAAAUCGUUCGUGACCUGGCCAAUGGUGCCAUCACAUGGACAGAGGUGGAAAGCAAGUACCCGAUCUUUGAAGGCCAGGAGACCAGCAAAAAGGAAACUGUGGAGGAGUAGACUGUCUAUCUCAUCUGCUUUUUCACUCGAGGCAGUCACAGAUAUUUUUACAUUUGCAUACAUAGGAUCACAUUUAUGGCAAUUAUAAUAUACAACCGUUCAAUGUGCACCAGAUGGUCACACAACUGGAACCACUGUAAUCAAGUACUCCUUGAAAGCUCUGUAAGGACCUAAGGAUGACUGUGAUUAGGUUACUGUGCUAGUAAAAGGGUUCAACCAUUCCUGUCCAUGGGUUGAUAAAUGAAGGCAUGAAUCACAUGUAUGGUCAAAUAAAUCAAACCAGCACUUUCUGGACCUAUAA